CAAAAAUACCGUAAAAAUACAAAAUAUAGAAGAGAUCUUUAUCCCUUGCCACGCACGUUUCUUCAGCUGUAGCAUCGGUCAGUUCUCAUACGGUCGCCGGUUGCGAACGGCGCUCCGUUGAACCCAAGCAAGUGAAUGAUCAAUGAUUUGAUGAGACUAUGAGACUAUUGCGAUCAGUUUAUUUAUGAUCUCUACACAGCUAUUGCGUGAUCUCUACUCCUAUCCAGAUACAUAAACACGAAAUUCAUCAUCGAAUAUUACUCAAAGUGUUUAGCUUUCUUGCAAUGGAUCUCCCACAAAAAAGAAAAAAUCCAGAGCCUAAACCAAAACCAGGUGGUGGUCUAGCCGAAUCAGAUGGCAUGGUACUGGAUGCGAUCAAAAGCAAAAAAGAAAUGGCAAUCUUGAAAAGGGAUUUAAAGGAAGAAACAAAACUCCCAGAGUCCAUUUUCAACAAGUGUCUCAAGAAUCUCCAAGCUUUGGGUCUAAUAAAAGAAGUUCCCCAUGUCCAAUUCAAGACCAAAAAAUACUAUAUUGCAGCAGAGUUUAAUCCAUCAGAAGAGAUCACAGGUGGUUCAUGGUAUUCAAAAGGGGAACUUGAUCAGGACUUCAUUAAUGGUCUUAAAGACCUUUGCCUCAGGAUCAUUCGUAAGCUAAAGGUUGCAACUGCUGAUGGAGUAAUGGAUAUAAUCAAGAACAAAGGGUUGUUAAAAACUGAUUGCACGACUCAGCAAAUAAGUGAGAUAUUGAGGUAUAUGGUUUUGGAUAAUAAGAUUAUAGAGGUGAAGAGUACUGGAUUGGGGGAAUACCAUUCCAUUCCUAUUGGGAAUUUAUGUUAUAGGUGUUCAUCAGAUGAUUAGUCUAAGAGUUUAGAAACAGGGGCAAUGAUGUCAAUUCCUUGUGGUGUUUGUCCAAAAAUUAGAGAGUGUACGCCUGGUGGACUUAUCUCUCCAACUACAUGUGUCUACUAUACCAAGUGGUUGGAUUUCUGAUCAUGACACCAUGUUUCCAUUUUCUGCAGCAUUUUGAGGUACAUAUAAUAUCUUUGUUUUGGUGUUUGAUCUUGAUCUAGAAUCUCUUUGUUUGGUUUCAUCCAUUAAGACCUGUUUGUCUUUUAUAAGUUUGGAAUGUUUGAUCUUUGAUUCAAUGAAUAUUCUUUUGUUAGGCAUUGAAAUGAAAUAUGUUAUCUAUCUAA